CAACACUGUCAUAAUUGUUGCGGUUUGUUUUGCUUGCAAUUUGUUUUAAAAAAAUAUAGACUGACAUGGCUGUAGCAAAAAAAGAAAAGCAAGCGGCUAAAAAGAAAAGUCCAGAGAAGGGAAAACCACAGAAAGCAAAAACUGCCCCUGCCACACCGCCUGCAACAGCAAAACAACGAACUGUGGUCACCCCUUGGCGAGACACGCUGGAAUUCAAAGAGACUUAUGACUGGUUAUUUGGCAAAGCAUCAACACCCGCCAAACGGCGCCAGGCACUCAGUAAAAUCCGCAUUUGGAACCUGCGCAGGGGAAACCUCUGCCCGGCGGCUGUUCUGGCCACUUCGGUGCUCGUCCAGGCUCAAUUGGAGGACAAGCAAGGCAACUCCAAGACACAGUCCACCUAUGCCAGUGCCUUCACGCGAUUCUACAACUUCAUGUCCUCCAUUAUCCAGGGACACAAUAUGAGCAGCAUGUACGAAACGGCCAGGGAACUGGGGCUUCAGUCGUUCAUCGUCGAUCUGCGGCACUUGUGCGCCCACGGACAGGAGCUGCCGCCUUUGGAAGUGCUAAGGAACACCUCGGAGCAUUGCCUGGAAUGGCUGCGUACCUACUACUGGCUGCCCCACAAAGAGAACAUGUCCAACUUGGAUUCCGGGAAGCUACAGCGCAAGGACAAGAUCAAGUUCGAAAAAGCUGUAAGCAGUCUUCUGGAAAUCUACGACCUGACCCUGGAGUGCCAUCUCAAGGGUGCUGAAAAACUGAAGGCCAUCAGCAAACUGAAAUCCAGCGGCGAUUUCAACAAGAUUCGGGUUUACUCCUCUAGCAAGAAGGCAAAGUCAUCCAAGGAGAUACUCGAUGCGGUAGUUAGUGAUCUGAGUGCACUCGUCAAAAAGGAGUCCACUUCCAUGAAGGCUCUAUUGGAUAUUUAUAUCAGCUGCCUACUUAAAAUGGAAUACUUCCUUGGAGUAGGUUUACAAAUCGAAGACGACGAGGAUGCUCUCGUUGCAGCCACGCAAGGACUCUUUAGGCUAUUGGCAGUGCAAGGAUACAUUGAAAACCUAUUUGUGGCUCUGGUGCAGUUAACUGAAAACACAAACGAGACGGAGGAUAGACGACUGGGAGCCAAUUACUGGGCCUCGAAGAUGAUUGCAACCUUUGGAAUGCUGUCCCGCAUGAAACGAAUGUACAAAGAGGAACUAGAUUUGAACAAUAAACUUAAACCAGUGGAUUUCUCCUCUCUCAACACCGAUCAGAUAUCGAAAACUAUGCGCAGUUUACUAGUACAUUCAAGUGUGGAUCCCUCCCUUACACUUAUUUUUGGAGAUUGUCCCAAAAAGACUAGAACGUGGGUUUUCGAGCGAGAAUUUAUAAUGCAGCGUGUUGGUUCUUUUGACAAAUAUUCAGCAUCUAUACUCAAAGGGUUGUUACCCCUAGCUGAGCCUCCUUUCAGCAAGUCGCAGAUAAUGGAUUUGACCAAACUCUGCGACAUUAGAUUGCAUGAGUUCAAAGAGGAUGAACCUAUGGAGGAUAAUAGUUCCUCGGAAGAGAACUAUAAUCUGGAUUACCUGGAAAAGCUUGUGGCCAAAGCAGCUCAAAGUAAAGGCAAUAACUUCAGCAAUGCUGAAUCCUCAGACUUAGGCAUUUGGAAACUAGAAAAAGAUAACGAUUGGUCCAAAUGUGCAUUGGGUGUAUUACCUUGGGCUCAAUAAAUAUGAAGAUAUAUGUAAAUUAGUCAUGAUUAUUUGUUCAUAUUUUUUUAGUUAAUAAAGACAGUACAAAACAGA